AUGGCCGAUACUAUGCCGUCCAGACACAGCCCCAGAGCAGAAAACAUUGAGUCAGCCAGCCACUGCUACACUGAGAAAAGCUGUGAGACCUCAGCCAAGCAUGGCCCUACCGCAGGUGAUGAUGAUAAUAGAGGUGAUACAACGGCCUAUGUCGCUGAACGGGAAGAAGAAGGGGCACUCUGUUUUCGGUUAGAUAUCCGGCUUCUGCCUGUGCUGGCGUUGAUGUAUCUUUUUAACGCACUGGAUAAAGCAAACAUCGGAAAUGCGCAGACCAACGGGCUCAGCAACGAUCUCGGUUUCGCAGAUGGAGAAUACAACUUAUUGCUGUCGAUAUUCUUCAUACCUUAUGUUAUUUUCGCGCCUCCAAUUGCCAUGCUGGGCAAGAAAUACGGUCCCGCUCGCGUCCUACCAAUAUGCAUGUUCUGUUUUGGAUCCCUGACUCUUCUCUCUGCUGCCACCCGCAACUUCGGUGGUCUGUUUGCCAUCCGCUGGCUAUUGGGGAUGUCUGAAUCAGCCUUUCUCCCUCUAGUUAUCUAUUAUCUGACAACCUUCUAUCGGCGGGGAGAGCUAGCACGGCGCCUCGCCAUAUUUUAUGCUGCGUCGAACAUAGCAAACGCAUUUUCCGGUUUGCUUGCGUUUGCGGUAUUCCAACUCCCCAGCACAAAGUUGGAAGGAUGGCGUUAUCUUUUUCUUAUCGAGGGAGCAUGCACAGUAUGCUUCUCAAUAUUCGCUUUCUGGUAUCUUCCUCGGACGCCAGCUGAGGCAAGGUUCCUCAAUGCAGACGAAAAGGCUCUCGCAUUCCAUCGAAUACAGGUCGACUCAUCGUCUGUUGUCAAUGAAGAGUUUUCUUUCUGGGAUGCACUUGGGAUAUUGAGACAGCCAGCUUCAUACUGCUUUAUCCUAAUUGAGAUCUGCAUCGGUGUUCCUUUGCAAUCUGUCGCUUUGUUUUUACCCCAGAUUAUACAGAGACUGGGUUACGGAACAGUAAAAACGAACCUUUACACAGUGGCACCAAAUUGUACUGGGGCAGUCAUGCUUCUCAUCCUAGCCUUUUGCUCAGAUGCCACUAGACUGCGCUCGCCGUUCAUCGUUUUGGGUUUCCUCCUCAGCUUCAGCGGAUUCAUGAUCUAUGCCUCAAUUGACGAUAUCAAGAACAACAUACAGCUCGCCUAUUUUGGCGCGUUCAUGAUGACAUGGGGCACUUCUGCACCUUCGGUGCUGCUAAGUACAUGGUACAACAACAAUGUUGCUCAUGAGGGGCGCCGCAUCUUGCUCACCUCCGUGGGUGUCUCGUUGGCCAAUCUCAUGGGGUUAGUGAGCAGCAACAUCUUCCGUGAGAAGGACAAACCAAAAUAUGAGCCAGCAUUAGUCACCACCGCUGUCUUUGGUGCAACCGGUGCCUGCAUUACUCUUCUUCUCGGCCUCUACAUGGCAUGGGAUAAUCUGCGGCGUAACCGCCGAGCUGGCCACAAAACGUCAGCGAGGGAUGUGCCGACAAAGAGACUGCAAGACGGGCCAGGAGCGGAAGAGUUUCGGUGGAUCUUAUAA